UAUCAAGGCCCAAGGGUGAGAAGUGAGAACUGGCACCCAGAAAAUAUAUGAAUGAAAAUGGAUGUUUAAAUUUGAAGGUAUUCUUCCGAAUAUACCGAGUGAAUUCAUUGAGUGCUCCCAUAUGAUUCCGAAGAAGAUGAUGUUGAGGAUUAAAUCUUCCCUCUUCUCUACUGCUACGUCAGGUAUUCCAUUUCAAUUUCAACUUUUUUACUCAUAUUAUGCAACAAAUCUUCUUCAUCUUGUUGAUAAACCUCAAUUGUUGCUCAAAUCUGUGAGAGAGGAAUGUAAAUUAGGGUUUUCCAACGUUAAUCAUCCCCUUUCUCUUUUUGAUGCUAUGAUUUCAUUGCACCCUCUUCCUUCUAUCAUUGAUUUCUGUAUGCUUUUUACAGCAAUGUGUAAAAUUAAACCCCACCCCCCUUUCUCCACUGUUAUCUCUCUCCUAAGGCAGCUUCAUCUUUCCGGCAUCCCACCCAAUCUUUAUUCACUGUCCAUCCUUGCCAAUUGUUAUUGUCGCUCUGGCCGUGUCGAUUUCGGGUUCUCUGUUCUUGCCAAGCUGUUUAAGUUGGGACAUCAACCUAAUAUUGUCAUUUUCACUAGCUUAAUUAAUGGGCUUAUUCAUUCUGAUAAUUUGGAUGAAUCUGUUCAAUUGCUCGAUAAGACUCUCAAGCUUGGCUUCCAACCUACUAUUGUUACCUAUGGGACUAUGUUUAAAGGUCUUUGCAAACGAGGAAACAAUGUUGGUGCUCUUAAGUUGCUUAGGACUAUGGAAUCCCAUGGCCAUUACCUGCCUGAUGUUGUCAUAUAUAAUACCAUCAUUGAUAGUCUCUGCAAAGACCAGCUUUUACCUCAAGCUCUCCAACUGUUUGAGGAGAUGAAACACAAACACAUUUCCCCCACAGUCAUCACUUAUCAUUCUCUAAUUCGAGGUAUGUGCACUGUGGGGAAGUGGAAAGAUGCUGAAGACAUGUUGACUCAGAUGUUGGACGACAAUAUAGCUGCUAAUGUGGAGAUCUACAACAUGUUGAUUGACAUGUAUUGUAAAGAAGGGAUGGUUGCUCAAGCAAGGGCUAUAUUUGAUUCCAUGAUUGACAGUGGUCAGGUUCCAAAUAUCAUCACUUAUAGUGCUUUAAUAGAUGGAUAUUGCUUAUGUGGUGAGAUGGAAGAGGCUGAAAAGGUAAUGGAUUUGAUAGUAACACAUGGCUAUGAACCUAAUAUUUUUACUUUCAACAUCUUAAUCAAUGGGUAUGCCAAGUCUAAAAAGCUUGACAAAGCUUUAAGCCUUUUCCAGGAGAUGCCUUUUAAAGGACUCACUCCUAAUGUUGUUACAUAUAGCACUCUUAUUGACGCCCUCUGCAAGGACAAUCAAGUACAAUUUGCAAGGCAGCUCUUUAAAGAGAUGGAAUCUCAUGCCUUAAAACCAGACGUAAUCACUUAUUCUUCAUUGAUUGACGGCCUGUGUCAAGACGGACUAAUUGACGAGGCAAUACACUUGUUUAAACACAUGAAGCAUAGUUGUGUGCUCCCUAAUAUCAUCACGUACAAUAUUCUAAUUGAUGGCUUGUGUGAAGCUGGGCAACUUGAAGAGGCUCUAAAUAUCUUCUCCUUUCUUGUAGAUAAGGAGUUACCACUAGAUGUUCGUACUUAUAAUGUGAUGAUCAAAGGCCUCUGUAAAAAAGGGCUACUAACUGAUGCAAACGAGCUAUUAAAGAAAAUGGUGAAUGAUGGGUAUCCUCCAAAUGACGUCACCUACAACACAAUCAUUAGGGGAUUUCUUCAUAGUAAUGAUGUCAGCAAGUCUUUAGAGUUUGUCAACCUUAUGACCAGCGAAGGCUUUGCAGCUGAUGCUCACACUACUUCGUUAUUAGUGGAUUUACUCAUAGAUCCUAGAGUCAGCAAAGAAAACAAGGCUUUGCUUCAAAAGUUCUUCAAGAAAUGAGUAAGUCCUUUGUAGAUGCAGAAGCUAUCAUAGUUAGUCUUACAUGUGUUUAUCGGUUUUCUUUGUGAAAGUCAGUUUACUAGGCACAUAUCUUCAUUUUGAUGGCUUGCAUUCCUUCCCUACAUUUGCCCACCUUCAUAUGUAUAAACAAUGCAUUUCAUAAAUUCAUAUGCAUUGUCAAAGUGGAUUUUUUUUAACUCACAAACCAAAAUUGAAACUUUUGUACGAAGAACUAUGAAUAUACUUUCUAGAGCUAGUGGACUUAAUAACUUGAUGCUCAUAAUUUACAUCUAUACAAGGGUAUAGUUGCAUUAUCUUUUGAACACCAAUGUUACAAGACUAUGUACUAGAAUGUACUCAGUUUAUGUGCUAUGUUCUGGAUUGCUUUUGUUCAAGCUACAAGGCAUGAACCUGUUUAUGAACCGUUGCACCAUUACACUUGAUAUUCGUUUCUGAAUGAAAAUGAAUUAUCUGUUUUAUGUUCCAAAAGGAAUAUAUGUUAUUGCUAUAGAUAGUGAAAAUGAUGGACAAAGAUCAAAUUGAGCAAACUGGGUGUCUCAAUCAUAAAUGUAUUUGUUAGUUCUACAACAAAUAGACUCGGAUAAAUGGAUAACAGUUUACUCAAUAAGUUUGACCUCCUAAAUGUUGUAAGCUCACAUUAAUCGUUGAGUCAUGACCAGAAAUGCAGUAAUGAUAAAGGUCUAUAUUCACAAUGCUAAGCCAAUUUAGAGACUAUUGUGUAAAUAAUCUAGUUUGGGUUUAGUAAAGCUGAAAGAGUGGAAUACUUCUGUCACCUUUUUAUGUUUCUUAUUAGUGACCAGAAGAAACCAAGAGGAAGCUAAAAGAAAAGCAAAAUGCGGGUGUCAAAGGUAGGCGUACCUAGCAAGUAGCAAUCAAACUAAGGCAACUAUUGUACUCACAAAAUUAUUAUUUGUUCAUGUCAUUGAAUCGCUCGUCUUUGUGCCUGUAAGAAUGCACCACAAUAAGUAUGGUGUUUGUGAAUUUUUUUGAAUGCAAUAUCUUCAUUUCAAUUUGCUGGUGAUGCAUUGGAUUUGGCAUUACAGAUCAUGAUAGGCAUCCUGUUUUUUUCUGUUCGAAUUUUAUGAUGAUCAACUGCUGGCCUUUAUGGUGCUGGUACUGGUCUGGCUAUGUGAGGUUUUUACCCUUAUCAGUGUUCGUACUCCAAUAUCAAUGAAGUUCUUUCCACGCUUCUUCUUACUCUAUUUCCUGGUGUUCCACAUCUACUUCUUUUCGUAUGCUUAUGGUUUUUCAUACCUGGCCUUAUCUACUACUGCAGCAUUUAUGCUGCAUCUUAUUCUGUAUUUCUGGAACAGAUUCGAGGUCCCUGCUUUACAAAGGUUUUUGCAAAAUCGCCGUUCACAUAUGCAGCAUCACCCGGAUUUCCAUAUAACCUCCUCUAUGAUACUUGCUUCUACAUUGCACAUCACCCGGUUGAAUACAAGGAAUCCUGACCCAGUCAGAAUGGAGGACGCUUCAGGUCCUGGGGUCUCUCUGCUCAGGCCUAGUGGUGAUGUUCCAAUACCUGCUAAUGUGCAGGCAGAGGCUCCUGCGCUUCAAGAACAAUCAACAGAUGCAAAUCGGCAAAAUGAAAAUGUGGAUAGAGAACCUCUUCCAAUCCCUGACCACGACGUUCACCAACCGGAAGCUGGUCAAAACCCGGGAAAUAUGAACUCCUUUAGCUCUUUGUUGCUAUGGAUUCUUGGAGGAGCUUCUUCUGAAAGCCUGAAUUCUUUUUUCUCCAUUUUUAGAGAUAUGAGAGAUCUAGCGCAAUUUUAUACAGAUUCUCCAAGACAGGAAAAUGCUACUACUGAUAAUUUUCAAUAAUGGAGAAGCAGGUGAAGGUAAAUCUGGAAAAAGAUUGAGAGUAUGCUUUCUUUGAGCUUCAGAUUUUUGUAACAAAGUGAUUAUAUCGCGAUAGAUGCCGAAGCAGGAAAUGACGAAUUUUUGUUGGUUGUAAAGGAUAAGAAUGAAAGAGAGAAGCUUUAUAACAAAAUGCUGAGUUCGUGUUUUAAAUGCAUUAAUGGUAAAUGUGUCAAUUGGAGGAUUUUGGCCGUGAGCAGAGGGUUUUUGUAUGGAGUCCUCCUCCCCUGUCUCUGGAGCCUUGCUGUAUUGCUGUAAAAAAAAAUGUUUUAUAAAUGGUUUAAAAAUAAGAGUUAUUAUAGAUGAAUAGCAUAAAUAUGGCAGUUAAAUUUUA